AUGUAUACGUCAUACGAACCAGAUAAAUUUCGGUCAGGAAACGUGCUGCCUAGUGGACGGCUGCCCGUGCGAGCGUAUCGCGUGCGAUGGGCUCGUUUCUUCCGUCCGUUAUAUCGACUGCUCCAACGGAUUGGGUCCAUCCCUUCAUUUAAAUUGAGAUUGAGCACCUCUUGGAUAGGGUCAAUCUACCCAAGCCCUUUUUUCGACAUGGACAUGCGGCCAUACUCGUGGUACUGGAUGCAUGGGGAGACGAUGCAGGCAAUCGUUCUAAACAAUGUUCCGGUCGGCCGGCGUCAGAGGAGGCGGCCACCUCUACAGAUCGAGCCGCUCGUCGCCUCCCUUCGACACGUCGGCCGCUGCGAUCUGUCGGGCUGUACUGCACACGCCAUUUCCGGGAUCAUUAAAUUUCUCGGAUGCAGACCGGAGUCUGUGGAAAAUAAUCUCAUUGAAGUAUGGACUCUCUACGGACGGCACGAGGUGGGUUUAUUGUAUUUUCACGUGCUGUAUUUGCCGGGC